GUUAACCGUGCAGCAGAGGGGGACGUCAGCAGCAUCGCGCUCACUCGGGGAAGAAAAAGAAAAACAAGAAUACAGAGGGAAAAGCAGGAGAAAGUUUUUUUUUUUUCGUUCUUCCAGAAGUUUUUCUUAUGAGCACCGGGAACUUCCCGUCUGGCGCGCGCCGAGGAGCCCGUGCGCGAUGUGACCGGAGCGAUGCGGUGUAGGACCGAUGGACGCACGCGCUCCAGGAUCGAACAUGGCGGCGUCUGGGUCUCCGAGCUCGCGCUCUGCGCCGCGCUGCUGCUCGCGGCGCUCUGCGCGCUCGUGGCGGCGGAGGAAGGCCGCGCGUGCGCGUCGUGUCCCGGGAACUGCUCGUGCGUGGCGCUGGCGGAGCAGGGGGCGCAGUGCGCGGUGAACUGCUCGGGCCGCGCGCUGGAGUGGAGCCCCGCCGCCGCAGAGCUGCCCCCCGACACAGUCAUACUCGAUCUGUCCAAAAACCACCUGUCCUCCGUGGACCCAAGUCUGUUUGAUCAUCUCACCGGCAUCAAGGAGCUGUAUCUUCAAAAUAACCACAUUACAGAACUUCCUCCCAAAGUUUUUGGCUGUGGCUCAUUAGCUGUGCUGGACGUGAGCGGCAACCCGUUCGUGUGUGCCUGUAAACUGGUCCAUCUGGUCAGCAGGCUGCAGACGAAGGGCGUCACGCUGAGGAGAGCCAAUCACAUGCUCUGUGACCGCCCACCCAAACUCAAAGACCAACCGCUGCUCAACGUCAGCUCCGAGGACUGUGAGCUGUACUACGCAGGCUGCCUGCAGGACGAGGCUCGACCCGGCGGCUCCGAGUUGGUCAUUUUCACCUCUUCGGUGAUGGGGAAUUUCUCGAGGGAGGAAUGUAACUCCAGAUGUUUCUUUGAUAAGCAGCUGUACGGAGGGCUGGGCUCACGCAGAGAGUGUUUGUGCAGCACUAACUCUGAGCCCAACUACAUCAGCGAGGCCCGGUGCUCCGCAGCAUGCUCCAACUCCACUGUCAUGAGAGACUGCGGCCUCACCGUCGCCCAGGAUGUCUUCCAGGUGGACUUCUCUGUGCACGUCUCAGCCAAGCGCUCCAGCGUCCACUCUGAGGCCGCGUUGUCUGUCUCGUCCUCUGUCCUCCCUGUGUCUCUGAGCUGGGACUUCGGGGAUGCAUCUUCGCUCCUGAACACCAACGUUACCAUGGCGCAGCACAAAUAUGGCCUGCCGGGUCACUACAGGGUAAAUGUAGUCGCCAUGACGACACACCGAGACAAGAGUGGUGUGGCAGAGGUACAUGUGGAACUGCCUCCAAGGCUGGAGCUCCACUGCCCCUCAAUGCUGCUGGCCAAUCAGAGCCUGGAGGAGGCGGUGACUCUGGUGAACUGGGGUGGAGUGGGCGUGGCCGUGAACUGGAGAAUCAAGAAAGAGGGCAUGGAAGUGGCACGAGCGGAGCCGGUGUGUGGGUCAGACGGCGUGCACCAUGAGAACUCCUCCCAGUGUUUCGAGCUGGUGCCAGGCGAGUUUAGCUGGUCCGAGGGUCGACGUCAGUGCGUGGCUCGUGGUGGUGAGCUGGCCAUUGCUCGAUGUGACGCCGUACGCAGCCUCAUCGCUCAGCGCAUCACACAGGAGCGUGGUGUGUGGUUGGGCCUCAGUGACGUAGACUCUCCCGGUUCCCUGCACUGGGUGGACGGAUCCUCUGCUCUGCCAGGCGAGGACGGAGUGAGAGAUCGGGCCAUGCUGGUGGACGGAAAUGUGUGUGUGUCUCUGGGCAGCAGUGGACAAACCAGCUCACACCCCUGCAGCGCCAAACGUGCCUACGUGUGCCAGUUCAAACCCCAAGUGCGUGUGUCUGAUGCAGGAGUGUAUCGCGUGGGCAUGCCUGUCUUCAACAGCCAGAGACAUGUCAUCAGUCCAGACGUCUCAUCUUCAGCUAGAACAGAAACUCUGGCCAGCAGUGUGGAGCUGCUCCUGUUUCCAUAUCUAAGCUUUACUCAUAGUGGCCGUCUCUCAUCUCUGGAGCUGAUCACACACACUCUGAGCGCACAUACACACGUACGCUUCCAGGUGUACCGACCACACUGCCAGAGUGGAUUUCAUUUGUUGCUGCCAGGAUGCGGUGAUCUCUGUGGCCCCAUUGCUAUGUGUCGGUCCCUCGACAGCUGGCCAAAUGACACCUAUUCCACCACUACUUCCUCUCCUCCUUCCCAAACUCCACCAUGCCCCGUGUGGCACCAGUGGUGUCCAUUUGUGGGUUCUUGCCUGCCCCUGAAUCGCCCGUGCCAACCAGGGUCAUGCCCAAAUUGCUCUGGGGUGGAGCCCCUGCCUCCUGGCACCGUACGGCCGCAUUACAGCCUAGUGGGAGAGGUCACGUUUAUCCUGCCGCCUGAGUUCUCCUCACACAUAUUGGUCCAGGAGGAAAUUGAAGACCUCUUAGUUGUCCCAGGUGAUUUUAUUGCCCUUCAACAUGAUGCUGGUUCCUCGAGGCUACUCGAGUGCUCUCCGGAUCCCUCGUCACCAUGGAGACAGAGCAUUCUGGUCCAGAAUAGAUCUGAUUGGCUGGACUCUAACGAAACUCUGGAGUUGAUUGGAGAUGGAAAGUGGGUGGAUGAGCUUGUAUGUGCGAUUAGGGUGCUAUACGUUGGGCAGAGCGAUACCAAACUGCGAGGUCCCUUUCUCAAAGCUGGCCUACCCCAGACAGGUGACUACAGCCUAGAAGUGACAUCUGAUGACCCUGAUUUCCAUGUUGCCGCCUCUUGUGCAAUCCAUGUCAUUCCCUCACUGAACGUCACCUUGGUCUAUCCAACCAACCAUAACGGCACGAUCUACUUCCUUCCUAACCAUACUUGGGUUCUGGUCAAGGUUCGUUCUGAGCACAGUGUUGUGAUUGGGUGGCAAGGAAACAACAAAACAGUCCCAUUCCAAAGUUUUUGCCCAAAGGAACUAGAGUCCACAGUGAUCGAAUGCAAGACUGUCAUGUCAAACAAUGAUACCCUCUAUGCCUGGCUGGACCUUGAACUAGGCUCCACACCAGGGCAUACUAAGGUGGUCCUACAUGCCCAAAGUGAAGUAACUGAGGCAGAUCUGGAGAUUGAGGCGAGAGUGGAGGAGCCACUGCGAGGUCUACAUAUUUAUCCCCAUCCUGCCCACAGGGUCCUAAUGGAGACUGUAGUAAGUUACGCAGCAUCUGUAGAAGGAGGAACCGACCCCUCGUUCAGAUGGACAGUGGAUGAUAAACCAUAUUUCACCUAUUACAACACCGUUCUUAACAUUAUCUACCAGAACGCUGCUGUCUAUAAACUCACGGUAACGGCUACAAACCACGUGAGCAACGUAACAGAGGAUUUCAAUGUGACUGUGGACAAAAUGAACCCCAUGAGCGAGAUCACCGUUCGAGGCGUCUCUGAUAUCGUGACUCAGGGUGAACAGCUGUCUCUGUGUGCCUCAGUAGAGGUCGACAUUUCAGUGGACGCCACUUUCCAAUGGGUGUUCAGAGAUGGAGAUGAAAUGGAGCAUAACUUCACACCACCCUACGUUGCCCACCGUCAGAGCCCUGACCCGUCAGCGCACCGGAUUGUCCUGCAGCAUGAAGUCAAAUACACAUACCAACAACCAGGAGAGUAUAACUUAAGGGUGUCUGUCUUCAACCGCUAUGAGAACAAAACCCACAAGCUCGAUGUGUAUGUCUUCAGCAUUUUAACAUCAGUGGAGAUCAAAACUGAACCAGAGCUUCUGCAAGCUGAAAAGCCUGCUGCGUUUGAGGCUCAUCCUUUGCCAUCCCCCUAUGGAAUCAUCUACACUUGGGAUUUCGGUGACAACUCCAGUCUUCAGCAGGGACGUGAACGCAGGGUCUAUCACGCCUACACGCAAAGUGGCACCUAUACCGUCUGUGUGAAUGUUAACAACACUGUUAGUUGUAAAGACAGCUGCAAAGUAAUCAUGGUGUAUGAAGAUGUUGAUGGUUUGGAGGUUAGGGCAUCCACUCCUACAGAGUUCAACACCCCUACAGUCAUCGUGGCUACUCUGGAAGCAGGCAACAAUGUCAGCUGGACUUUUUCCAUGGGGGACGGAAAUGUCCUUAUGCGUACAGAACCACUAGUGGAGCACACUUACAUCAAAGACGGAAACUACACGGUCAAUGUAACAGCUACUAAUGCGGUCAGCUCAAAAUGGGAAUCCGUACAUGUUCAGGUGUUCGUGCUGCAGGUGCUAUGGAUGGAGCCUGUUGGGUGUGUGCAGGAAAAAACGGAUAUUCACUUCCAUGCUCUUGUAUCAGGAAAUGCAUCCGCUCAUCAGUAUAUGUGGAGUUUUGGCGAUGGGACUGCUAAUGAAACUCGAUACGGAACCCCGACUAUAACACAUUCAUACCAAGGUAGUGGGAAUUACCAUCUUUCUCUCCUCAUGUCAAGCAGUGUGAACAAAGCAAAUUUUUUUAACUGGAUCUGCGUCCAGCCUGAAGUCUCCAAUGUGACUCUUGAACCCUCCAGCAGAUUUAUCAGACUUGGAGAGGAAAGUCUUUUUACCGUAACCACUUUUCCAGAAUUUGACUACACUUACUUGUGGGAUUUUGGGAUCAGUGACUCAAAUAGUCCUAUUCCAGGUCAUGACAGGAUGGCUUUUACUUACAAAAGUCCAGGCCUGUAUUUAAUAACGGUAACAGUCCAAAACAACAUUUCUCACAGCAUUAGCACAGUCCAAAUUAAAGUACAGCAACCUGUGGGCUAUCUGUUGAUAACACAUAAUGGAACAAAGGGUAACAACCUGGCCUUGGGGCAGGAUUACACGUUCAUAUCCUACUCUGUCUCAGAUAACGUUGACUACAGUUGGGACUUUGGGGAUGGAGAAGUCCUUGCAGGGCACAAUGUGACACAUGCAUACAAUUCCUCUGGGAUCUUUGACAUCUGCGUUCUUGGUAAGAAUGACGUGAGUGAAAAUAAAAGCCAAAUUUCUGUUACAGUUUUAGCCCCGAUUAAGGGACUUUCAGUCAAUGCCAGCCUUGUCAAUGUUCCUUUGAACGCAACCGUCCACUUUGAGACGCACCUUGAUCAAGGAGAUGAUGUGCGUUACUCGUGGAUCCUUUGUGACCGCUGUACCUCCAUUCCAGGCACACACCCUAUGUUCUAUACAUUUCGCUCGGUUGGGAUGUUUAACGUAAUUGUAACUGCUGAAAAUGACAUCAGUACUGCUCAGGCUAGCAUUUAUAUAUUUGUACAACGGGAGCUGGAAGGCUUACAGAUAGUGUCUGAUGAGCUUGGGGAAAGUUGCUGGUUUGCCACUAAUCGCAUCCUGCACUUGCAGGCUGUGCUAAAAGAUGGCACUAACAUGUCUUUCAGCUGGAACCUUUUGAGAGAAUCUGAAAAUACAGUUGCCCUCAAUCUCACCGGCAAGAACAUAGAACUCAGUUAUUCCACACCUGGACUCUGUGAAGUCGUCUUAAAGGCCACCAACUUGCUUGGUCAGCUAGCUGUUAACCGCACUAUUGAGUUUCUUGAUCCUGUUGGAAUGCUUGUUUUGGAGGCUUCCCCAAACCCUACAGCCAUCAACACUAUAACCAACAUGACAGUGACUGCGAAUACAGGGAGUGAUCUGCAGUAUAAAUGGCGGAUAGAUGGUGAACCUUUGCAAUUUUGUGAGUCUACCAUCUCGUAUGUAUUUGACACUCCAGGGCUGAAGACAGUAGGUGUGGAGGUUUCAAACCGGGUUAGCAAAGAAAUGGCUUCAGUACUGAUCAACAUCCAAGAACCUGUUUCUGGAGUUUCCUUCACCACAACCAAUGUCACAGAGCAGAACUUUAUAGCCUCUGGAGUCAACGUAUCUCUCACUGGCCACGUCCAAACUGGAUCUAAUAUUUUGUGGACGUGGCUUUUGCCAAAUCAUGCGAAAUCAACUCAACAGGCCACUUCCUACAUAUUUUCUUCCCCGGGAACCUUCACGGUCACUUUGAAUGUCUCAAAUGACAUCAGUAGUGAGAUCUUAGCUCGUGACUUUACUGUGCAGGACAGAAUUCAGGGGCUUGAGUUCAAGGCCAGCAAGAAGAAUGCUGCAGUUGGUGAGAAUGUAGAGUUUACCAUCUCUGUUGCAUCUGGCACCUCGGUUAGCUAUACCUUAAGCAUCAGUGGCGAUGCAACCGUCUACCCCAACCUUACCUAUGUACACCAGUUCAGCAGAGUAGACAACUACUAUGUUAACCUGACCGCCUGGAAUCAAAUUAGCUCAGAGAGGAGGAACCUGCAUAUCUGUGUCUUGGAACCCAUUACCAAACUUACCAUCCUGGACUGCUGUGAAGAAGCUAUACCUGUGGGUGUGCCCAAGACCUUUGAGGCUCACAUACAGACCGGCAACCCUGUGACGUACCUGUGGACCUUUGAUCUUCAUCAUGGACCCAAAACAACCAAGUUGGAUCCAAAAGCUACAUAUGUACCUGAGGAGCCAGGUGUCCUGACCAUCAGCGUGAGUGCCUUUAAUGCACUUAACAUUCAGAAUGAAACCAAGAACAUUCUCGUACAGAAUAUCCUUAAAUCAGCUAACUUAGAAGCUAAACCCCAGGACACCUUUAUUAACAAGACAGUAAUAUUUCAAGCAAGUCCUAUCCCACAGCGCUCGCAAAUACCAAUGGGACUCAGCUCUCUUAGAUACCAAUGGGACUUUGGAGAUGGAAGUCCUGACUUGCUUUCCAAUACGUCUGUUGUCAGUCAUGUAUAUUCUUUGCCUGAAACCUACACUGCAAAAGUCAACAUCAGCAACCUGGUUAGCUGGACGACUGCUUUCUUUGAGGUGAACAUACGUGUGUUAGAAUGCAUCGAACCAGAAGUCCAGGUGGUUCAAGCUCCGAAGUUAACCAUCUGGCGUUCCAAACCAGCGUUAGUUGAAGCAAAAGUGGAUCUCAAAGGCUGUGUUCACUAUGGUGCAGAGUAUCUCUGGAAGAUCUUCUCAGUUUCUAACUGCCAGGAAUUCGAAAACCACUUGACUCCGCCACAAGUCCAUCUUCCCGCAGAAGUUGAUGUCCGGAAGCUGCAACUGUCAAUACCCAAGAUGAAACUUCAUGCCAAAAAUUACACUUUGAUAUUUUCCUUGUCAUACAAAGGAAUUCCCUUGGAAAAAUCUGCCUGUCUUCAGCUGUCAGUGAUGUCUGCCAAAUUGGUACCAAUCAUUGAGGGUGGAACGUAUCGUGUGUGGUCAAAAACACAAGACCUGCAACUGAAUGCAAAUCAAUCCUAUGAUCCCAACGAAGACUUAGAAAGUCAGACCCUGCUUAGUUAUCACUGGGAAUGCAUCAAUACUUCUAAGGGAGCGUCACACUGCUCCACUCUGAACUUCCGCCUGGGUCCGAAAGACCUGGUCAUCUCUGGAUCCGAGCUGGACGUGGACGUCGAGUACACCUUCCGUCUGACCGUCAGCAAAGACCGCAUGUCUCCAGAAUGGACCACGCAGAAGGUGUUAGUGAAGAGCGGCCGCAUCCCUUUCGUCUCCCUGGAGUGCGUAUCGUGUAAAGCUCAGUCUCGCUAUGAGAUCAGCCAGAACACCUACGUCUACCUGGCGGGGACCUGCAGCAACUGUCAGGGUCCCUACAGAGGGCGCUGGACGGCAGUAAACCAUCACAACGAGUCACUGGUUUUGGACCUGAAUACCACAACAACAGGCCAGGACAGCAUGAACCUGGUGCUCAGGAAGGGGGCGCUGCGGGACGGGGACUCCUACGUCUUCAGUUUGCAUGUCACAGAUGACAACAUGGAGCAGGCGGGCGUGGCAAACAUAGAGCUCCACCCUAAUCUGCCACCAGCUGGGGGGUCGUGUUCGCUGUGGGCGGACGGCAAUGGGAUAGAGGUGCACACGCUGCUGGAUAAAGUACACUUCAGAUGUACAGGCUACACUGAUUCAGAUGAGACAGAGUCUCCGCUGGUCUACAGUCUGAUGGUGUCGCGUUGCUAUAGGAUGUACUGUGAAGAGUUUUGCGUGUAUAAAGGAACGAGUCCGGAACAUUCAACCUACCUUCCUCCUGGAUUGCCCUUGGCAAAGUACAAUGUCACAGUCUCCAUCACGGUGGAGGACCACCAGGGGGCAUCCAUCCUCGCCCUCAACCAGUCCAUGAAGGUGAAGUUGCCGCAGGUUCCUGUUGGAUUCAGCAGUCUGGCUCACUGGCUGAGCAUGAUGACGGCCACCACACUGAACAAGCAUCUGAAGCAGGGCGACUCUCAGCGAGUCCGCGAGCUCUCCCUUGCCAUCAUCACCGUGUUAAAUGGGUAUGAACAAGGCAUGGUGCAAUGGAGCAGUGUGUCGAAGCAGGAGAGGCAGUAUAGAGUGAAUGUGAGAGGAAACAUCACUCGGGCUCUGACAUCACUCGACCUCAACACCGUCAGUGACAUCCAACAGACGUCGGCUGCUCUUGCACAGUGCACGGCUGUCAGCCGGGAAUUUGUGUGUGAGGAGUGUCAGAACAGCACACUGAAUAAACUUGAGUCCAUGCUGGAGAUUCUACAGACGGACACCAAGCAGGGCACCGUGACCCCCACGGAGAUCGCAGACAACAUCCUGAACAUUAUGGGGGAUCUGAUCCACCAGGUGAGUGUGGCGGCGGCGUCAUUGCUGGAAGACCCAGAGGAUCGCGGUACAAUCUCCCUGCAGUCACUGAUGGAUCAGCCCCACCCCCUGCGCGUAGCCGCCAAAGCCUACACCCUGUCCUCGGAGCUCAUGCGUAUCAUGAUGCUGUCCCGAGUGCUAAACGAGGAGCCGUUGAUCCUGAAUGGAACUGAGAUAGCGGCCGCAGGGAAACGCGUCGACCCCCACAGCCUGCUGUGCUACGGCUCAAGCAACGCCCCUGAGUGCUCCCGUUUCUCAAUCCCCUGGGCGUUCAACUCCAGUCUGAGCAUCCAGGAGAUCGUGCAGUUGAUCUUUCAGUUGGAGCCCAACCCGUACCCGUAUAACUUCGUUCCCAAUUACACCGUAUCCACUGAGGUGGCGUCUAUGGACUUCCGCACCGUCAACGGCUCGCAGAUCCCCAUAGCGGACUUAGAUGAGAGCCAGGCCAUCCGGGUCGUGCUGAACAAUGGCACCACGAUGGGACUGAACGAGAACAGCACAGUGGUGAAGCUGGACCCGGCAGGCGCGGUGAAUGUGAGCAGGUGCGGAUCGGUGAUCAUCAAAGUGAGCACAGGGAACAACAACCCUCGAGCUGGAGUCUACGUCCAAUUCAAUUUUACCGUACCGGAAGGUUCUCCAGAUUCACAAGAGUCAGAUCCAUGGAUCAUGGCUUACCUGCAUGCCUCCGACAAGCCUAACGAGGACACCAGCACAGACAGGAAACGCAUCACACUCAGCAUGGUGCAGAAGGAGGGCCUCGAACAUCAGCGCUACACCUUCUUCCUGUCUCCGCUUUCGUAUGACACCACGCAGGAUCACUAUAUCAACGUGACGACAGGCUGCAGUCCUGAUUGGCCAGUUCAGAUCCGUGUGGAGGUGGCCGUGUUCGUAAUGCUCUGUCAGUACUUCAGCGAGUCGGGGAACAUGUGGCAGACAGAUGGGAUGGUCCCGCUGCCGGAGACCAGCGCGGGGCAAGCUGUGUGCAGCACACGUCACCUAACUGUUUUUGGCGCUAGCCUGUUAGUCCCACCGCAGUCCGUCACCUUCACCGUGCACGACCCAGUGAUCAGCCGCAGUCUGGUGGUGCUGCUGGUGUGUGUCAUGUGUUUGCUGUGCUACGCUGUAGCCGCCGCCGUGCUCAGGAAACUGGACCAGCUGGAUUUGAGGCAGGCCUCAGUGGUGCCGCUGUGUGGGAAAGACGGACUCUACAAGUACGAGAUCCAAGUCAAGACCGGCUGGUCGCGAGGAGCAGGCACCACUGCCCACGUGGGCAUCAGUCUCCAUGGCAACGAAAGCCGCAGUGGACAUCGUCACCUGGACCAAGUUGGAGCGUUUACAAGAAACAGUCUGGACAUUUUCCAUAUCGCGACCGACUCCAACCUCGGAAAUCUGUGCAAAAUCCGAGUGUGGCACGACAACAAAGGUCUUUCUCCGGCCUGGUUGCUCCAGUACGUGCUGGUGAAGGACUUGCAGACAGGAAACUCGUAUUUCUUCCUGGUGGAGGAGUGGCUGUCUGUGGACAACGAGAAGACAGACGGAAGGGUGGAGAUCGAAGUCGAGCCAUCAGAGGAGGUGGUGCUUCGACGCUGGCCCCGCCUCCUGACCUGGGAGCUCCAGAGGGCGGUGUGUGAUAGUCAUGUGUGGCUGUCCUUAUGGGAACGACCCCUGCGCAGUCCCUUCACUCGCUUGCAGAGGGCGACAUGCUGCUCUGUGCUGCUCCACCUUGUUAUGCUCGCCAACACUGUCUGGUACGCUACGGUCACCUACGGCAAGAGCUUGGUUCCUGUAUCGGAGCAGGUGUCUCUGAAUGCAGAGGUGGUGGUAGUGGGUGUGGUCAGCUGUCUGGUGGUGUAUCCUAUUUACCUGCUCAUCUUCUGUCUCUUCAGACUCAGCCGCAGCAAGGUCUUAGUGGAGCAGCUCCCUCCUCAGGUCGACCAGGAGUCUCUGGAAAUUGAUGACUUUCUCGAUAACUCUCUCACCGGAAGCUCCUUCCUCAUUUUCAAUGGAAUCACAGAGACGUACUCUGAGGAGAGCAACAUCGACCUCCCUACUCCUUCCUCGAAAAGGUGGAGCGUACCCGAUGCCGACUGGCCGGAUGUGACAACCGAGUCGUCGAUCGAGAUGGGGGCGGGACUUCCUCCUCGUCUGAAGCGAGGUCAGGGCAGCCGGCACCUCGGGGUGGACAUGCCCAUUAACCCAGAGGAGGACGAGACGGUGGUGGGACACGACUACAGGAACAAAUACUUCACCUCUUCAGAUGAGGAUCUCCUGAAGAGGAUCCUGGCUGACGGGCAGCUGCUCUCUCAGACCGACAGCGAGACAGGCGACCUCUCCAGUAUAUUUGGGGAUAAGACAGAGGUGAUUUUGCUACAGAAGAUGAGCGAACCUGUUCCUGCAGCCUUUCGCCGAGAGCCACCUAAAACAGCGUUUACGUCACGUACAGUGAUGGACGUGUGUAAACCCAGGCCGUUUCCUCCACUCUGUGGAUUGGUCGCUCUGUGGGGAAGUUGGUCGGGGCUAAUCCUGUCCAGCAGCCUGUCGAUAUGGCUAGGGCGGAGCUUCAGUCAAGGCGUGGCUGUUAUGUGGCUCAUUUCGUGUAUCAGCAGCAUUCUGAUGUCGUUCUGCGUCCUGGAACCUCUAAAGGUGUUGGUAGAGGGGGUGUAUUUCGGGCUGCUUGUGGCCCGGCUCAGGCCGGAGGAGGGCGACGUGUUGGUGAACUGCCCGCGGGUGGAGCGAGUCAUCCAACGUGUGCCCAGAGUCCGGCCCCCUCAAGGGUUUGCCCUGUCACAGGCCCGAGAGGAGGCGCGCAAAGUCCGCCUGCUGCACCGCACACUCAAGGGUUUCCUCCUCUACAUGUCCUUCUUGCUGGUCGUUCUGCUGCUGAACUACGCCGACUCGACCAAAGACACUCACCAACGGAGACUGCACACUCAGCUGAAGAACCACUUACAAACACAGCACUUCAACAACAUCAGCAGACGAGAGGACGUUUGGGUGUGGCUGUCGGAUUUCCUGUUGCCACGGUUGCUAGAUGGCUCCGCCCUUAUGGAGGGGACGGGAAGUGUGUUGCUGGGGAAGCCCCGCCUUCGACAGCAGAGAUCCCAACCAGAUUGUCCUACAAGUGGCUACUUUCCAGCAGCUUCCUGGUUUGGGUGUGGCCCAGUGGGGUGGGCGGAGUCAGGUUCAGAGCUGUCAAUGAACUGGAGCCAAAGUGUGUCUCAGAGCAACAGAGCAUGGCACUGGGGUCAGGUGUCUGUGUACAAUAGUGGUGGGUUUGUACAGGAACUCAGCAGGAAGAUGGAAGAAUCUAGAGUUCUCAUAGAACAACUACACGAACACCAGUGGCUGGAUCCACUGACGAGGGCUCUGUUCGUGGAGUUCUCUCUCUAUAACACAAACACAGACCUGCUGGCCAUCUUCUCCUUCCUGUUGGAGUUCCCCGUCUCUGAGCGCACUGAGUCUAGCAUUGACAUAAAGACCUGCAGCUUGCAGACUCUCCAGCAUGGCCUGGACCUCCCGCUGUUCCUCACGGUCAUCCUGAUGAUCUUGAUUAUUUACUUCUCUGUGCGAGAGGGUGUGUCUAUCCUCAGGCAAGGGUGGGGCUACUUCCUGCGAGUGUGGAAUCUGGUGGGUGUAGUCACUCUUCUACUGGCGGUCUGUGUCUCCGCCCUCCACUUCAGUCGCUCUGCCCUUGCCUCUCACCUUUGGGCAUCGCUACUUCAUCAGCAGGAAUCAUUCAUUAACUUCUUUCCCCUGGGGCAACAAAGCCAGGUUCUGAUUCAGCUCAAUGCCAUGCUGCUCUUCCUCUUGGUGCUGAAGGCGGCUCAUCAGCUCCGGUUUCUGAGGGAGUGGGCUGUAUUUGGCAGGACUUUAAGGAGAUCAAUGAGGGAAAUUGUUAGUGUCGCACUUACAUUGCUCUUGCUGCUGCUGGCUUAUUCACAUACGGGAUACCUUCUUUUUCAUACCAUUGUACAGGGGUAUGGGACGGUUGGGUCUGCAUGCCUGUCAUUGCUGGGCUCAGGAGGACGUGGUCUGUGGUCAUGGCGAGCAAACCAAGGCUCCUAUCCCUGCUCCACUUCCUGUUACGUGUUUCAUGUCAGCUUUGCGACACUGCGUCUUGUGCUACUGUGGAUGGUGACUUCUGUGUUGCUAAGGAACUAUCGUAGGGUCCGGGCAGAGCUCUACCGGCCGGCGGUAGACCUCCAGGACUACGAGAUGGUGGAACUCUUCCUACGACGCCUUAAAAUGUGGAUGGGCCUAAGCCGCACUAAGGAGUUCCGUCAUAAAGUGCGUUUUGAAGGUAUGGAACUCCCACCAUCCCGGUCUUCAUCUACCAGUGACUGUAAAUCCCUUUGUCUUCCACCUCUGGAUGCCCCUGAAGCCCCGCCGACUCCUGACAGUGUUGACUGUGGCUCAGAGGCUUCCUGGCAUCCUACGUCCAGUAGCCCAUGCAGUCUUGCUGACACUCCGAGUCUUGGUUUAGGCCUGACAUUAAGUAUGGGGGUGGUAGCUGGAGGUCAAGCCUGGAGAGAACGAGCAGAAACUGAGGCCACUCUUCGAAGGGUCUUGCCAGCUUUUGACACACUGCUGCUGCACCUAGACAGGGUCAACCAGGCCACAGAUGAACUGUAUCGCACUGAGUGCCGUCUGGAAAAAGUCCAAAGGAAAAGUCAGAAAAGGAGCCGUGGAGUACGUCACAAUGGUGAUCCAGACUCUGCAGGACAGAGGAGAUAUAAUGGGUCACGCAGACGCUCCCACUCAGUAGAGAAGUGUCUCCACAAAGUUGAGAAAGAUGGAAACUUGGACAAAUCUCGCCAUAAGAGUGAGAAACGUUUUCACAAAACUGACAGAGGAUCCCACAAAAAAGAUUGCAGUGCACAUGAGACAAGUCCUAAAGAGGACUUGCUACCAAAGGAAUCAAGUCUUCAGAGGACGGAUAUGAGUCCACAAGUAACUCCUGAUAAGGUUGAAGCACAUGUCAGUAAGACUGAAACAAAUAUUCCCAAGGUGGAUUCAAGUCCAAUUAGGGUAGAAGAAAGUGUGGUUAAGAUAGAAGCAUGUGUCGUUGUGAUGGAUACAAAUGCAGGUUCGGCGGAGACAAGGUCCAACAGGACUUCCAAAGGUUCUCGUAAGGGCGCGUCAAGCCGUAAGAAGGUUACUCCAAUUAUUCCAAGAGAUGCUGAGACUGUUGGCUGUGCCAAUAAACCAGUUCUUUCUGAAACACAGGCGGCCACUCCAAUCACUGCCCCAUCUACUGCCCCUUCUUCUGCCCCAAGUUCUGCUAUCGCAACCCCUGUCCCAAUCCCUCGAGCUCUUGAAUGGAAGCCACCUAGUUAUACCGAUGAUCUCCCAUCCAGCCUUUUCCAACAUCCAGCACACACCACCACCAUGCCCACACGCAAACGUAAGCACAAACCCCCACCUUUAAAAAACAAGAUCCAUCCCAACACGGACAGGCCUAUCUCAGGACACGCCAAACCUUAAGAACCAGAGUUUUCCACUUGCUGGACUUUUGGAAUUAGACUGAAGUCAGGUAAAAAGACAAGAAAUGCUGACUAUUGACUAUAAAUUUUGUCUUCACAGUUAUUUGUUAUGGUAAGAGAGGGUCUUGGUGACAGCAGGUUUUGUUGCCAGUCCUUAAAGAAAAGUUAAAACAAAGAGCAGCUUAAAUGUGGCAAGAAGAAACGUAGCACAGCUUUUACCCCAGAGCGGUACAGUUUGGCCAAAGUUAAAAAUGGUACAGACUUGGUGUGCGUUAGCAUUAGCAAUAAGGUGCUGGUCGCCCCAUAGAUUUUGCCUCACAAGUCCCCACCCUUUCUUUACCUUGAAUGACCUCAACCAGCCCAUGGCCCCGGCGGUCACAGAGGGUUGACUCGACAAGAGCACACCUUGUGCUGUCUUAGCAAGAAGUUCAUAGGAAGUGAUGUCAUGUAAGUCUGUCACAAAAUGGCAGCGACGUAGUGAGUUUUUGCAUUACAUUUGUUCCCGUGUAUUAUAUAAUGUUUUUGUAUACGUAAAGUUUGAGUAAUAAUUUUUGAUGCAUCAAAGAAGGAAGCUACACACACACACAUACACACACGCACACAAACACACUAACAUAUCAGCAUUAAGCACAUAGAGCUACAGUAUGCUUACAGGUACUUACACAUAAUGCAUGUCGUUUAUUCUGCACAUGUACGUCAAACACAGGCUAACCACAUUACACCGAGGAAUUUCACAACUCACAUUUCUGUACAGGUUGUGAGGAUGCUAGCAUGCUAGCAUAGAAGCAAGGCUUGUUAUUCGAAGUAAGCAGCUGUUAUAAUUGAGAUUUAAAAGGAACAAGCGAUUGGGAGAAAUGCAAAUGAAAAGAGUGAGAGUUGAGAGAGAAUUUUAAAGAACGUUAAGGAGUAGGACGGAACAGAAAAACAGACAAUGGACAGUUUUGUAGUACUUGGUAAAGAUCCGAAAAAAGGAAAGUAGAAAGAAUACAAAGCAAUGCAGGAGAAUGAAACAGGUUAAAAAAAAGGUUCAGGUUUUUUUAGUUGUUGCUAUUUUUACUUUGUAACUAGCGAAAAAACAAAGAACAAGAAGACAUGUUAAUGGGUUAUUAAUUGUAAAGUUUGUUACUUUUUUGCUUUUUUUGUCAUUUUAUUGUCGCUUUUGAAACAAUGUCUUUUAAUAUUAUUUAAAAAGCACUUUGUAUCGGCGUAUGUACAUGAUCGCUUCGGAAAGUGAAUGUGAGUGGAUUUUUGUUUUUUUGUCUUUUUAAAGUUAAUAAGCUUGGUACAAAAUCGAAUAAGAGAGAGCUUCGAGAACAUUACUCUUCGUAUCGAUUCGCUUGCUACUCAUUUAAGCAUCCAGAGAUUUUUUUUGAUUAAAACAAAAGUACUUUUAUACCUAGCACUUUAUUUUCAACGCAAGGUAUUUCAUGCUACGGCGUAUUUAAUGAUUAAUUUGUAGAACUUUUAAACUUUUUUUUUUUUUUUUAAACCAUCCACAAGUUUGUUUUUUUAAUGUCAGGAUCUGCUUGUUUUGAACUAUGUUUUCUAAAACGCUCUAACAGUUUUACCCAUAAACGUCUUGUUUACCAUGGUGAUGCUCAGGGACCCUUUAAACAGCACCAAACCAGCAUAAUGCUUUUAUUAUUUUUUUUUGUUUCAUGCGCUUGUUUUUCUCCUUAGUUGGAUGUGUGAUGUGUGUUGUUAAAUGUCUGAAAUCUUAACAAGCAAAACAAGAUCAGACUUACUGUACACAGUGCUAAUUUCAUGCUUUUCACUCCCCUCCAGUCUUCAGGUAGUGUGUGUUUGUACAUAUUGACAUGCCCUGGUGUAAAUACUGAGUAAACAAAAAAAAUCAUUUUCAGUUUAUUUUUCUUCUUCAAGAUAACCUGCACUGAUGUUUUAUUGUUACCCAGUGGAUACAGUAUUGCGAUGAUUUAUUAUACUUUUUUUUUUCUCCCUACUUUGGUUUCAUGGUCCAGGUGCCUCUAAUGAAAUAUACUGUAUAUAUAAUUUUGACACUAAUGAAGUUUAGUCGCUUUGGCUUCUUAGGUCGUGUUUAUGAAAUCAUCCGGUGCUUUAUACUUUAAUAUUUAAAAUAAAAAUGAUUUCCAUUUACAUAUUUGAAGUGCCAAAGUCAGUUUGCAUGUUUUUUGUGGGUUUUUUUUCUGUAUUUGUUAAAUGUUAAAAGAAAUUUUGCUCAUGGCAGGACUCGUGGCUGUUUUUUUUUUGUUUUUUUUUUUAAUGUUAUGCAGUGUAUUCUGUCUGUAGCACUUCGGCUAAAAUGCUUUUGCACUUGACAAAGUCAAAUAAAGAGUUUGACAGCUUGA